AGUCGCCCAAAUACGCUCAUGAUGGUAUCUUUGCGUCCAUGAAAGUGCGAAACUCUUCGUGACUUCGUCUAUAUCAAAGGACUUUGACUACUGAGUACUAGUACUCACCCCGAGUAUUUUUCCUCUUCUGCAACUGCUGACCGGACGGAAGCCUUCUACUUGCUUCCCCACCACCACGCAUUGACCGAGCCACAGACAUUACUAGCACAGCACCAAUAUUCCACGCGUACUAAUGCCCAAGGCAGCCCCAACCGCUAGCGCUACCAACCGCCCUGCACUUCGCAGGAACCAGGCUUGUCGGCCAUGUCGAAAGAGAAAACUUAAAUGUGAUGCCGCCCGUCCCCACUGUAGCACAUGCGUCAAGCAGUGGCAGUCCCUCAUAAGUGUGCCGGCGCCCCCUGACUACGCGCACCCCGCCGAACCGCAGUGCAUCUACGAUCCAGUAGAAGGUCUCACUUUGGCGCCAGAUACAAAUCCUCUCGAAAAAAUUCGGCUUCUGGAGGAAGAAGUUUCGAGAUUGAAGAUGCAACUUCAAGAGCAACGAAACACCGGGCUAUCAGAAUCAUCUCAGCAACCACUACGCCGUGUCAGUCAUCUGCGCCCUGAAUCUGCUUCAUCUUCCUUCACAUCUGGAAGUCAGGCGACUAGUUCUGUUCAAACACCGUCGCUUCCUUACCAAAAAGACCGGAUACUUCCAGGACAUCUGCACGAUUCUGAUCCCCGUGAUAACAGCAAUAGUCCAGAACUAUACGAGGUUGGGCACAAGAGCUCCACUGACACCAUUCUCGACAUAAUAUAUUCAGGCUGGAAUCCUGAUCUCCCUGAGCGAAAUGUUUUGGAGCACUAUAUAGACGUAUUUUUCAAGUGCGAUCCUUGUGGUCCUCGCAUCCUUCAUCGGCCAUCGUUUCUUGCAGCCGUACGUCUGGAUCCUAGGGAUUCUUCCUUUCCACACUCGGCCAUACUCCAUGCGAUAUGUGCGUCAGCUUCCAGGUGGUCCUCUCGCAACGUGGCGACUUUGCCCGACGGCACAAGACGUGAUGAAUUUGCAGAGUUCCAUGCUAGCAAAACUCGACAGUAUAUCGACAAUACUAUGGCAACUGGUCGAGAUAUCUUCCCCGUCGUUCAGGCGUGCAUCCUGCUUGCUUGGUAUUUCUAUCAAGAAGGACGCUGGGUCGAAAUUUGGAUUUUUGCAGGGUUCCAGACUCGAGUUGCCAUACCACUACGGUUAAAUUACCCAGGAACUUUCUCGACACACAACACUAUAUCACCAGGUGGGUACCUCCCGCCCCCGAAGGACCUUAGAGAUCUGGAGUCACGUCGUCGUACCUGGUGGACAACAAUCAUAUUUGAUCGUAUAGUAUCGGUCGGUGGAUGGAUCCACGCAAUUGAUGAGAGGGACAUCGGAACCGAGCUUCCUCUCCGAGGGGAAGACUUCGACUCUGAGCAAUUAAUGCCUAGCAACCCUCAAGACAUGUGUACGGAAGACGUUUUUACGACACAUCUACCGAAAUACACCGAUUCUUUUCUACUUCUUAUCAAGGCCAUCAUGAUGUUCGGUCGCGUCACAGACUUCAAUGUCCGAGGAAACUUACGUGCUCCGACUGCGCCUAGCAAGUUUCAAGACCCCUUCCAAUUACCUGGCUUUGUAGAUCUCGAUCGACUUGUCUAUAGUGACUUCCUGGAGAACCUCCCGUCUAUGUUCAAAAUGACAAGCGCUAACGAACUGCCUGGCAGUCAUAGCUCGGUGGAUACAGACCUGUAUAUGGUCCAUAUUAUACCGCACGCAGCUACAAUUACACUACAUAAUCCUUAUCUUGACAUAACUGACUUGAAUCGCAUCUCCACGAGCCGAUGUAUCAAUGCAGCAAGAGCCAUUCUUUCAGCCUACUAUAAGUUAUCCGAGACCUCUUUGGAUAUAUCACGAUUGCACCCUUUCGUAACAAUCUGUUGGUACCUUGCCGCAGUAGUUCAAGUCCAGGUCUGCAAGUACUUCAUAGAAGUAGGGGAUGAGGCAAGAGAAGAUCAGGUAUGGGGUGAAAUCAACGUCUUGCGACAAGCAAUGAUCAACUAUGGAGCGAGAUCUCCCAUCGGUACUCGCCAAGAGAAGUUAUUACAAGGCCUUAUGAGAGAAAUUGUACGAUUGACAAGCCAGAAGCAGCCAUUGGAGGUGGGGCUGCCUCUAUAUCCAUUCUCUCAUACCACAUUGUUUGCGACGCCAACUUUACCUGAAAACGCUCAGAUGGCGCCUCUGCCCAAUCCAUCCACAUCGCGCUCAAUGGAGUACGAUUCCCCGACAUUUGUAGAAGACUCGGGUUCACUAGAUUUAUACUGCCGCGGCACUGGUAACGCACCCCCACUUCCGUCCAACUGGGGGCCCCACGAGCCGCUCCCUCCUGAGAAUGGAUUGGUGCGAUGGAGUUAGCGCACAUGAGUUUACAUUAUUUGCUUUCGGACUAUUACAUGUACUGUCAUCAUGGACUGUGCGUAUUACUUAU